GGAGCGGCAAACCUCAGCCAGUGGGAGCCACGAUCGGCCGAACCUGCGGACGCAGCAGACAGGUCCUCCCACUUUGAACUAUGACAGGUGAUGAAGUGGAUGGCACCAUGGGAUGAUCCGAGUGGAGGAAAAGUUGUCUGGUUGCCAGAUGCCAUGGGAAAGGCAGGAGAUUAAAGAAGUUCCGGAAACUGUAAAGGAAAUGACCCAAAGAACUGUCUCAAUAUCAGUCUUGCAACACUUCCCAUGAAUCGGAUACUAUGCAAUGAUAAAGUAUUGUCGCAGCAGUACGACAGCUUCAGUCUCAAGCAUUUCAAUCAUCUCUGAGUCUCAGACCCAAGACCCUAAGGUAAACAAGAUACCAGCCUUUUGCAAGGAGGAGGUUUCAUUCCUGUCUGUUUCCAAGAAAAAGAGGAUGGCUGCCACUCUAGGACUUAUUUCCAUGUUUUGUAGUGUCAUGUUAUUUCCUACGUUGCAUGCUGUCUUUGUGUAUACAGGGUCGAAGUCAUCAUCCGCACCCAUUGCCAACUUGACGCUGAAUCCCAGAAAACUAAAACUGACCUGGGACAGCAGUGUCACUGUUACUGAAUACACCUGUUUUAUGAAUGCAAGCCAGCGAUCCAUAGGGAAAAAGGUGUACAAUAAAACCUGCAUGUUUAGCAUAAACCAAGCUAAGCCUAUACAUAAGGGGGCAUUAUUUCGAGUUGAAGCAAUGUACAACCACACUUUAUAUUCAGCAGAAGGCAGAUUCAUUCCUCAAGGCAUGCAUGGAACAUCUGUUGAAAAUUUCUCCUGUGUGAUUUACAACGUUUCCUUCAUGAAUUGCACUUGGAAGGCUGGCAGGAAUGCCCCAGAAGAUACCCAGUAUUUUCUUUUCUGGCAAUACUCAAAGGAAGAAGAUGUACAAGAGUGUCCACAUUACAUAAGAGAUGCACUUGAAAGACAUAUCGCAUGCAGUUUUCAAGAUGUGAAAGACAUUAAAAAGAAAGUUUACUUCCUGGUGAAUGGGUCCAGCAACGAAUCAGAGAUUCAGUUUUAUGAUGAGUACAUCGACUUGUAUAAAAUUGAAAAACUCACUCCUCCAUUAAAUAUCACUGUAAACUGUUCUGAAGACCGACCAGAGUGUAUAGUGCGAUGGAAACGGCCCCAGCUAAGCCAUUUUGAAGGAAAUGGAGAUAACUGCUUUGAGUAUCAAAUUGACAUUCGAAAUAAGAAAACUAACGCCAAUCCCAAGGAAAGCUGCAACGAGUGUCCUACGGUACCAGAAACAAGAUACACAUUUCAGAAUUACAAUGUCAAAAAAAAAUACACCUUGCAAAUCAGAGCAAAAGGAGAUAGUUGUGUCAUAAGCGAGAAUUGGGGGGAAUGGAGUGAGCCCAUUGAGUUUGGUAACCCAGAUGAUGCAGUUCUUACAUAUAAAAUUGUUUUACUCCUCAUAGCACUUGGAACAAUCCUUGUGGCACUGGUAAUAUUUUUUCUCUGCAAAAGAUACUGCAGUUUGAAAAAAAUGUUUUCUCCAGUUCCGCAACCAAAAAACAAAUUUGGGGAACUUUUCCAAAUAUCCGAUAAACAUAUACAGGUAAGUUUUCCUUAUGUAAAAUGUGUUGAUUGUAAGGAUCUAUCACAGACUGGAAGGUCUGACACAAAAAGUCGAGGUUUGCAUUUCAAUUUAUAAACAUUAAGAGAGUUUGAUGUGAAUUCUUCUUUGCUGUUGUUCAGUGUUGUGUGCUGUUAAACAAUUGUUCCAGCCCACUGGUUCUCCCAUUCUAAUGCUGAGUGACUAUUGAUACUGGUCAAUUACAGGUAAUUCUGACCAGUGUCACGUGACUAGGGCCAAAACAUAAAGAUAAUUCUUUUGCCAGUCCUGCAGUUUUGCUUCUUCAUACAGUCUUAACAUGCUUGAAUAAAGACUGCAGAACUUCCAUUCACAUUAAUUGGAGUUUUGCCUGAGUAAAAACUGUGAGAACCAAAGUGUUUCAUCCUUUAUCUACAAUCUAUUUGGGUUAAUAGAAAACUACACAUCAGAGAGAUGUUCACAGACUGAGAAUAACUUUAUUUUUCUUUACCAUGUCUGGGAGAACUCAAAGAGAAGUUCAGAAUUCAAAUCACCUCCUUUACUUUUAUUCAGUGUGACAUGGCUAGUUGACAUUUAGCUCUUGACCAUCACGUCAAUAGUGUUGAAAUAAACAUGAUUGGCUCUUAGCUGGAAGAUAUGAAUGUAUUGUUUUCUGGACACAUUUUUACAUUGCAAAACAAUAUAAUGUUGAUUUUGCCUUUGAGGUAUCAUAAUACUGGUGUACCAAUGUUGUUUUCCUCUUAAUGAUAACUCUCUGAUAACCAAGAGGUGGGAUCAUAAAGAAAAAUUAAAGGGAAAAAAUGAAAUAUUUCCAUUAAAUACCUUUAACCAUUAAAUGAAUAAACUGAAGUCUCAAGUGGUAAAUCUCUAGUUAAUCUCAUGUAUGAAACUAAGGGAGAUUUUAUUUCCUCU